AUCCCAAGCUCUUUUAUAUUGUGGGAUCAAUUUGCCAAUAACUGCAUUUUAGGCAGCGACAAUGGGCAUGCCAAGGAGCUUCAUUGAUUACUUAAAAUAAGAUUAAGGACAGAGCAAUAGUGCCCAAUUGGAUAUUUAUUCCCCUCAUAGCAAACAUAAACAUUCCAUCUUAGACAUACUUUCUACGGACCAUUGCCGUAUUUAUGAGAACACAACGUCGGCCAACACAAAAUGCGACCCCGCCGUCGUAGGUUGUGGCAGCAAAACUCUCCAAUAGCACCAUACAGCGGCAGCAGCGACGAUGACUCACCAGGUGAUCUCAGCGACGCCGAUGAGUCCAAUUACUCUGAUGGAUCGGUUGGAUCCAACUUCAUGCCCGAAUCCUUGAUAUCACAGCAAUAUACAAAUGUCACCGAUAUCCCUUCUCCAGUCGAGGAAGACAUUAUUAUCGAGCCCGUAGAUAGCCCACAUCAGGAGGGCAACAUUAUCGAGUCCAUAGAAAGCCCCGAGCCAUCCGCUAGAGAAGUCCUACCAGAAGAAUCAAUUUUACCUUCUCAUUCAAUAACCUCAGGACCCCAAACAGACCACAUCAUGGCCGACACCGCCCUCCCACCAAACGCCGAACCAUCAUCCGACGCUUCCUCACGCACACUAGGCCGUGAAACCCCCUCCUCAAACCCAGGCACCUCUUCCGACCCCCCCUCCUCGGACGAUGAAGUCACAGACCGGUGCUACGGCUUCCUACUCCUUCAUUACCCCAAGACUCUUCCCGCAGCUCUAGACACCAUCUCCGUCCUCCUCAUCUACCAACGGCGGCCGCACGGGUUGCAUCCUUACUGGGGCUUCCCCAAAGGCCAUCCCGAGCCCGAAGACCGGAGUGAUUGGGAAUCAGCCUCACGUGAACUUCUUGAGGAGACGGGGUUGAGCCCCGAACGCGUGAAGCCGAUUACGCCGUCUGAAUUUUCCCCGCCUUUGCCGGAUUCGGUGGCGGGGUUGAGGCCGGAAUUCAUGAGUGUUAUCUCGCAGUACCCUAGUUUUGAUGGUGGGAUUAAGGAAGUAACAUACUUCUUGGCUCGGGUGGCGGAAAUGGAGAAAUUGACUGAGCAGGUGGAGGAGCUGGUGGAGUGUCGGUGGGUGAAGUUGAGUGAGGCGCGGGAGUUGGUUAAUAUUAAGCCGGUGCGGAGAGUACUGGAGAAGCUGAUAGGACUAGUUUCUUCGGGUCCAAAGGAGGUGAUAUCCAGGAGUGACUGGAUUCGUUGGAAGGAAGUUGAUGCGUUGGAUGAUAAUGGGAUGCCGAGACAAUGGCGCACGGUGGGGUUUUGUACUCCAGAGUAGUUUUUUUAAUCAGCAAGAAGGAAAUGUUAUCACUUCAACUGCCUGAUGUUGUAUUUAAAGCUUCACAUUAUUGAGGUAGGGCCAGCCAAGGCAUAUAGCUACCGUAUAUAAAUCUUCGGUGCUCACAGGGGCGGGCUUUUUUGAGAAAGAAUGUUGCAGUAUAUUCUACUGGUCGAAGGGGA